AUGACCACUUCGGCUCCGAGCGUGAGGCUGGAUCUUGUCAAGAAGCUGGGCCGAGAGGUCAGGCCAGAACAAACCGAGAUGUCUGCGGCACUUGGAGAUAAGAAGGCCAAACAGCUCGAUUUGUCUUCUCGAUCCCUAAGCCCAUCAGAGUCCGAGAUCCAACCGUCGGGACCCCGGACUAUUACACAGGCACACGAGGAGGAGACACUCGAUGAGGAGGCACUCGACAAGUGGGAUACACUCCAGGAGGAGGCAGACGCCAUCUUUGAGAUGCUAUACUCUCUCAAGACAGUCGAUGACGUCCAGCCCUAUACUCUCGACGCGGCACUCGAUCAAAUUACCAGAUUUUACACAAGCAUUGUGAAGGCAGUCCAGCCGGCCUCCUCUUACCGCGAAAAACACCGCGCUGCCGUCCUGCUCAUACAAGUCUUGUCCUGGAUCGUGACAUCCAAUAAAUUGAUAGGACAAGAUCUUCGGGAAUAUGUCCUCGGUCAAAGCGCGGAGGAAGAAUACCGGCAAUGGGUCGACCCGAUGAGUGACGUACUCAGCUGCUGCACGUGGGCGGAACGCCGUCGUAUAUUCAAGAGCCGCCGUUGGCAGUGGGAGUUUGACUUGUUUGUGGGCCUGGUGAUGAACUGUGAACUAUUUGGCGAGAUUUUCGGUUUGCUUGAGGUGGCGGAGCAUAGGGAAGAGAUGUUCGUCUCCCCCCGCCAGAGCGAUCCAGCGCCGGCCCAGCAGUCUGACACGGAGGACGGCACAGUCGAGGACGGCAUGGUCGACGACGCUAUCGCUGUGUUUGAGGAUGGGGAAGAUGAGGAGGAGAUUGUUCCGCUUGCUGGUUCACCAGCCCGGUCCCGGUCGCAGGUGCAAAUGGACGUGGCACAGCCACGUGAAGAGGUGGCGGCCCAGGCUGGCAGGGAAGCAGCCGUUCAGCCUGCCGCGGGAGAAGCAGAACCCAGGAACGGUCAAGGAGAACCGCGGCCUGCUUGGAAGGCAACUGGAAAGAGGAGUCAUGAAGGGGUGGACGCAGGGCAGGGACCGAGAAAGCGACAGGCCCGUUCUCCUGGACGGGUCUCGGUUCACUUGCACUUUCACGGGACCGUCCAGAAUGUGUACCUGGGCAGCGACUCGAGAUCAUAA